CCCGUCUCCGGCGUGCGCGGCGCCCAGGCUGGGGAUCCCCUUCUGCGCCCUCCCCGCCCAGGACCAUGCUGCUGCCGCUGCUGCUGCUGCGGAGGACGCUGCCCAGGGUGGGGCUGCGAUGGCAACACCGUGUGGCAGCGGAGGUGACCAACGAACCCAUCUUGGAGUUCAAGCCAGGCAGCCCCGAACGGCAGGCUCUCCAGAAGGCUCUGAACGACUUGAAAGACAAGACAGAAGAGAUUCCAUGUGUCGUGGGGGGUGAGGAGGUGUGGACGGCAGACGUGCGGUAUCAAGUGUCGCCUUUUAAGCAUUCACACAAAGUGGCCAAAUACUGCUAUGCCGAUAAGGACUUGCUGAACAAAGCCAUCAACGCUGCAGUGGCCGCGAGGAAGGAGUGGGACCUUCGGCCCGUCCAAGACCGGGCACAGAUUUUUUUCAAAGCCGCCGACAUAUUGAGUGGACCCCGGAGGGCAGAGGUGCUGGCCAAGACCAUGGUCGGACAGGCUAAGACGGUCAUUCAGGCAGAGAUCGACGCGGCUGCUGAGCUGAUUGACUUCUUCCGCUUCAAUGCCAAAUACGCCCUGGAACUGGAGGAGCAGCAGCCCCUCAGCGUCCCCCCCAGCACCAACAGCAUGGUGUACCGGGGGCUGGAGGGUUUCGUCGCUGCCGUCUCUCCCUUUAAUUUCACCGCCAUCGGAGGAAACCUGGCAGGGGCUCCCGCUUUGAUGGGUAAUGUGGUCCUUUGGAAACCCAGCGACACGGCCAUCCUGUCGAGCUAUACCGUCUACAAGAGCCUCUUGGAAGCCGGCCUCCCUCCCAGCGUUAUCCAGUUUGUCCCAGCUGACGGCCCCGUUUUUGGCGACACAGUGACGGCCUCGGAGCACUUCUGCGGGCUCAACUUCACUGGCAGCGUCCCAACCUUCAAGCGCCUCUGGAAGCAGGUCUCUGAAAACCUGGACAGGUACCGCACCUUCCCACGGCUGGCUGGAGAGUGCGGCGGGAAGAACUUCCAUUUCGUGCACGCCUCGGCCGACGUGCCCAGCGUGGUGAGCGGGACGCUGCGCUCCGCCUUCGAGUACAGCGGCCAGAAGUGCUCGGCCUGCUCCCGCCUUUACGCCCCCGACUCUCUGUGGCCCCGCAUCAAAGGCCUGCUCCUGGAGGAACACCAGAAGAUCAAAGUGGGAGACCCAGUGGAAGAUUUUCAGACGUUUUUUUCUGCUGUGAUCGACCAGAAGUCUUUUGGGCGCAUCCAGAGGUGGAUCAAACACGCCGAGAUGUCGUCCAGCCUCAACAUCCUUGCCGGGGGGAAAUGCGACGACACAGUUGGCUAUUUUAUCCAGCCCUGCAUAAUCGAAACCCGGGACCCGAAAGAUCCCAUCAUGCAGGAGGAAAUCUUCGGCCCCGUCCUGACGGUCUACGUGUACCCGGAGAAGCAAUACCAAGAUGUCCUCCGGCUAAUAGACAGCACUUCACCAUAUGGCCUCACGGGGGCAGUCUUUGCCCAAGAUAAAGCAGUCGUCGCUGAAGCAAGGCAACUCCUCCGCAACGCAGCCGGCAAUUUCUACAUCAACGACAAGUCGACCGGCUCGGUUGUAGCCCAGCAGCCCUUCGGGGGCUCUCGUGCCUCAGGAACCAACGACAAGCCUGGGAGCCCUCACUAUCUCUUGCGCUGGACGUCUCCCCUGGCUAUCAAGGAGACCCACGUGCCCUUGGGGGACUGGAAGUACCCAUACAUGCAGUGAAGCCCCCUCCCAGUGCCUUUCUGGCGGACGCCACCGUUGCAUUACCAGUGCAAUUGCUGACCUGUUACAGGCUUCAUCGUAGCUGAUUUUUCGAAGAUGCACACUAGGAAGUAGGAGCUGCAUUUGUUCCCCCACCCCCCACCCACUUAGGAGACCCAGUUCCCGUCUGGGGAGUCUUUUCAACGAAUGGUGACUAAACUGGUUUCUACCAAGGACUACCCCAGAGGUUUCCACCGCCUCCAUUGUGACUGAGGAAGCUCGGGUGGGUUUCUGAAUCAAGCCAAGCAAAGCACUACAGUGAGGUGGGUCUGAAUUCCGAAAUGCCUGGCCCCUCUUCUGUCUGUCCUAAAUUGUGCCCCUAAAUCGUGCCCCCACUUUGGGGAAUAGAGCGUCAUUUGGUUUGCCUGCUCACCACAAGCCAGAGCGGGGCCCCCGCAAACGUCAGAAGUGCCCAGAAGAGCUGCCAAGAGCCGGAAAGGAUUUUAAUAGAAUCAGGUCAACCCUUAGAAGCGGCCGAGAAGGACCAAGUUGAAGCCCUGUGGAAUUCUGGGUAGGAUUGUCUCCAAAAUAUGACUCGUGCCCUAUUGGUCAGUGUAGGGUCCAAGCAUAACAUCUCCUUCCUCAAACAGGAAAAGGGUAGAUGUUGUAGGCACAGCUGGAGGGCGUUUUGAUGAGUGAGGUGGUCCAGGGAUUUCAUUGGCCUGUGUUUGGGCUCCAGCACUUACAAACUGGUAAAAGAAUGCACUGAACACUGAAUAGCAGCUUGAAUGGCUGCUGCCCCCUCCUCGAGUGAGGAUGCUUAGAUGUACGUUGCGUAAACCACAACCUGUUUAAAAGGCAGUGGUGAAAUCAAUUGUGUGCCCUCUGCAUGUGUGUGUUUGUGUGUGUGUGUGUGUUCCUAAACUCCUAGUCCUGUUUGAGGUCAUGGAGAUGAAGUCGGAGCCACCAAAUCUGCAGAUUCCACUGAGGGGUCUUGGCUCGAAGGCAGAGGUCAUCUUCUUCUUCUUUUUCUUUUUUUUUUUGCAUUCUAAAGCCGGGAGCUUUCCUGUUGUGGGAAUGCUCAGAUGUGCGUUACCAUCCAGACAGUGCCUUUCGUUCACGCGGCAGUUCUCUUGCUUUCCCGACAGCCGGGUUUGUACCGGUGAGGGCAGGUACUCCUUUGCAUAUUAAGCGACACACCCCUAAUGUAG